AUGCUCCCUGGGUUCUUGCAGAGUAGUUACGCUCGGUACAAAGCAGAUACCAAUACCUUUGCAACAUGGCUACUGGAGACAGCCAGCCAAUGUGGUUACCAACCACCUACACUGUCUAGUACUGUUCCUCCCACGAAAAAGGGUAAACGCAAGGGCAAAAGGGACGACCCAGAUGCAGAUCCAGUUCCUUACAGUGUUACCAUCAAAGACCUGCAAAAGCUCGCUGAGGUGGUUGCAAGUUCUGCUCUCACAGUACCCAACCCCAUCCUCGCGAUCGCGAAACGCGCCAUUAAAUUAAGAAAAGCGGUGACUUCUUGGUUUCUGGGCAAGGGCGAUUCCGCGGAUAACAAGCGCCAUGCUCAUUUCAUUACUGCGCUGGAGCAGAUAUGUGAGACCCUUGAGUGGAAUGUCAACCGGGCCUCGAAGCCAGACGCCAACAAGCCGCCGAUGACUUCUGAGGGUCAAAGUGACGACGCUGACAUUGCCAUGUUCCUUAACAAAUUUGCUGUCCUCACGGUGGAGGAACCUCAGGACGAUGUGCAGGCUCAACAGCCAUCCGCAGAAUCAAGGAGGAUCGUCAAGGUGACGGUCGUUGAAGAGCACGACAAUGACACAGCGGACCCGUAUCUUGGUCCCUUGUUCUUCCAGACUUUCUGUUUGCUUCGAGAUCUUGACAAUAUGCGGAAGUUCCUUUCUAACACCUGGUCGGAGUAUCGGGAUGGCAAGAUCGACCUGAUGAACGCUGCUGUCGUGACUGACAGUGCAUUGCAACUUGCUCGGGAUCUUGUGAACGAUGUGGAGGCUGUCUGGCGCACUCUCCGUAGGGGGAAGAGGGAUGAUAUCCAGAAUAUUGUUUAUAAUCUCUCUGUUUAUAACCGCGGCAUUUCUGCGACUCCAUCGACCGAGAUCGGCCUCCCAUACAACAAGGACAUGGCUGAUGUAGCCGAAUGGUGCUAUAUGCCGACCAAGGUCUUGCUUGAGGCCUUUGCAAAUGUUCUCCAGGCCGAUCAUCACCCAGUCUUUAAGAAGGGCCACUUCGGAACCUAUGAUCCAAAAGCGGACAGAGAGGGGAUGUCUCUGGGCGAGCAAUUCAACGAGGACAAAAUCAUCCUUCUCUCGAUUCUACCAGAGUUCUGCAUGCUCGAUACGUUCAAGAUCCAGAUGCCGACUGAGGAUGCGAUAACCCGAGGCAUUUGUGAAUUUGCCAGAACCAAAAUGGUUACUCUAUGGCUUUGCUUCUCCACCCAGAUCUUCCUCGAUGUUCAUCAUAUCAUGCGACACAGCACCUUGGGUGCAUUUGGAGACCUCCGAAUGGCUGGAAUUCGCAUCCAGAAGACUAUCUAUGAAUACCUGCAACUGUCCAAAACACAUCCUCCGCCCAAAUUUUGGCCGAAACAGGGUGACCAGGACAUUCAAGAUAUAAGCUCGGCCGUGGAGGCAUGGGUCAUACAAGAUGUUUUUCUUGAUAUUCGAGCGCGCUCUGGGCUCAACAGGGUUGGCUCCCCGCCCGAGAAGCAUGUCCUCCUCUCGCAGCACGCUAUCCUUUGCGGCUUGUUCUUGUUCAAUUUCAACCUUUCAAUGCAGCUUGUUGGCCAAGAGCUCGUCACCCAGUGGUACGAUGUCCAACAACUAGCCUUCCUGCAUAAUCUUGUCAUUUCUUCUCCAAUGCAAAAAGACCUCCGGUGGCCUGAUAUGGACGCUUUCAUAAAAAUCCAUGGCGAAUCUCACAUCUUUGUUGGCUCGCGGCCCAAAAAUGCCACCGAAUCGCUGCAGCGGCUCGAGUUGGCCACAGGCGUCUCAUCCGUCGCCAACUUUGCCCGCGAUUCCCGGAAUAAAAGAGAAUUCCACAAGCCUGACGGCAAGACUUCGCGCGUGCUCACACCCACCACUGCAGUAUCAAACCUGUUUUUCCCACAGUACAUUGGCGGACCCAAGCCCGACGCCGGAAUUGCAAGCUUUGACAGGAUCCUGGACGAACUUUCCCAGAAAUCAAAGCUUGAAUCAUCAUAUUCUUCUUCUUCCAGCAAGGAAAUUCAGCAGAGACCCACCAAUCCAGAACUCCGCAUCGCCCAAAUGUGGUCCAACACCCAUAAUAUCGAUAUCCUGCACCUUCUUGCAUUCCUCAAGGCCAAGCUCUUCGAAGAAGAGCCCAUUAUCCUGUACAACUAUUUCGGCAUGCACAAGCGCGCCGUCGAGUUACUGCGUCUGAUCCGCGACAAAGAGCACCACAAAUUUGUCCAAUAUUUCACGUCCGGAUAUCUGCCUGACGAGUCGUUUAUCUCCAACAUUGUUCUUCUCAUCCAUCACGUUGCACGAGGCUCGGCCGAGAAUGCACGUGCAAUGGGAUUUACACGAUCUGCCACAGGUCAGGAGGUAUGUAGCCGGAUUGUCAUGAGCGCUGCCGACGUGAUGCGCGGAUACUUGGAAAAAAAUGGGGCGGUGGCAUGCAAAGAGCUCAGGGUGUUCUGCAAGAACAAAAAGCCAAUCCAGAGUGAUAAUGAUGCUACUGAUAAGGAUCGGGACAACUCGGACCGGCUGGUGUAUUCUUGGCUCAGCCUGGAGGAUGUUCUGGGUCCCAAGGGUGUCGCUUCACUCAUGACUGGAAUCCCCGUAGCGUGA